AUGCAUCUCUCUGCACGUCUCAUCGGCGUGCUCGUCGGCAGCGUAGCCACGUCAGCUUUCGCUGCUCCGACCAUCGAAACGUCGACAUCUACAGACCGUUCAGUUGGCAUUUUGGUCAAGAAGACGCUGGGGACCAAUUACAAAACCUCCGGUAGCGGAAUCGUCAUCCCAAAUAAAUAUGCGUUGGAAACCAGCAAAAAUAGCCUCGGCAUCGAGGAUAUGCGCGAAAAUUUCGGCGUCGUAAUCGUGGGAGAUCUUCCUAAAGAUGCCCAUAGAGAUGCCGACAACAAGUUCGUCGCAAACCUUGUCGGCGAGGACGGUGAAGCCAAUGUGGGUUUCUUGGAAAAAUUUCUGGGCGAAUUUGAGUCGCAGAUCAAGAACGCGCUGGAGAAGAACCCCUUGACCAACCUCAAGGCUUACAUCCUCGGCCCCUAUGUUGACAGGAGCCACGCGCAAAAAUUCACAGACGAGGAGAUCAAGGUCAACGAGCUCGGCCAUGCCAUUAGCAAUUGGAUAACCGAGAUCACAUCGAAGGUGGUCUAUAGCACCUAUAAACCAAAGAAGCUGCUAGGUAUGGUCAAAAACAAGGUCGAAUUGUUGUGUGAGAAAGACAACACUGUCAUACUCAGUGGGGCAUCUCGUUGA